AUGGAUGUCCAUGGCAGGAUAAGAGAAGUUCUUGCUGAGACUAUACGUGAAGAGUUAGCACCUGAGCAUCAGCAGUUAUCCACAGAAGAUCUGAUAAAAGCCUUAAGACAGCGAGGCAUCAUUGAUGAUGUUAUGAAGGAACUUAAAUUUGUAACUGAUGUGAAUGAAAAAGAGAGGACUUCAGCUCCAAAACCAUCAACGCAUUUUGUUGACAGAGAACCACCAGUUUUGAAAAAAACUAACAUUGACCCAACACGGAGGUAUCUUUACCUUCAGGUUUUGGGUGGAAAAGCUUUUCUGGAACAUCUUCAGGAACCGGAGCCUCUGCCUGGCCAAACCUGUUCUACCUUCACCCUGUGUUUACAUUUUCGAAAUCAGCGCUUCCGUUCUAAACCUGUACCCUGUGCCUGUGAGCCAGAUUUUCAUGAUGGUUUUUUACUUGAAGUACACAAGGAUAGCCUAGGUGAUGGAAGUAAAAUGGUGGAUGCCACCACUAUGUUAUCUAUAUGUGAUCCGGUGCAUAUGGUUCUGAUCAGAACAGACACAUUUGGUGAGACAACGCUAGUAGCAUCCUAUUUCUUGGAGUGGCGAUCUGUCUUGGCUGCAGAGAAUGGUGUAACAAAUGUUGCUGUUGAACUCCUGGGUGUAGGUACAGAAUCAAAGGUUUCUGUUGGUGUUUUAAAUAUCAGACUGGAAAUGUAUCCACAGCUUAAGAAGAUGCUGUCUCCAGAAAUAACUAAUACUCAGUUUGCUUUGGAACGUCAGAAAACAGCAGAAAAAGAACGCUUAUUUCUUGUAUAUGCUAAACAAUGGUGGAGAGAAUACCUACAGAUUAGGCCUACACACAACUCAAGGCUAGUAAAGAUUUUUGCGCAG